UGCUCAGAAAUCUUUGUUUUCGCACCCACAGUUGACCCUGAUGUGGGGUACCAUCACAGUGGUGUCGCCCAGCGAGGUGUCGGUACCAUUCCUACAGCCCCAGGAGGAGGGGACCAUCAGUGUGGAGUUCCAGGCACCAGAACGACCAGGGGAGUACCAGAGCCACUGGCGCCUCAUGCACCACGGACUCACCUUUGGACAUCGCGUCUGGUGCUCCAUCGUUGUCGACCAACCAGAGAUUCUGGAGCCAGUAUUGGAGGCUGCCAACAUGGUCCAGGAUAUGCAAAUUGCAUCACCAGCACCGACCAAUCAGGAAACAGAGCAGGAAGAGUCCACUAUGGAGGCUGAAGUGGAAACUGAUAGUCAGAAGUCAGAGGAUGGGGACCAGUCUGAGGAUCAAGACCAUGCAGACUUUGCAGAUGCCACCCAGGCGGCUAUUGCAGCAGUGGCUCGGCUGAAGACACCCCCGUCAGACUGUAGUACACUCAUCAGUGCUGUGGACAUCCUCACAGCUCAGGACCUGCUGUCAUUCGAGAUGUUAGAUGUGGGGGAGGGCAGAGAGGUGGACAAUGUACCCAACAACACUCCUAUUGAUAUGACACCCAGAAUUUCCCCAUUGCCUUGCAUUGAUGAGGACCUACUCUUCAAGCAGAACAGUUCCAACCAACCACAGGCCAGCGUUGUGGAAGUGAUUAACGAGGUUGUCGUGGACGGUAAGGAGAAUGCGAGUGCUGUCGCCACAUCAGAGGUUGAGCAGAUGGAAGAGGGAGUGCUGGUGGAGAAUAGAAUGGCUGUGGUGGAGGUCAAGAAAGAACCAAUAGAUGAGGAGACAAGCAGCCAAUCAUCGGACAGCACGGUUGACUCAGACGACUACAUCGUGGUUCCCAUGCCCGACUGCUUCAACCCUGAGAUCCCAUUGGACGGUUCCAGCCUCUCCUCCAACACUGACGUAGCCAUACAGACUAAUGAACCAUUGGAAGCCAUGGACAGUAUGGACUCAAGAUGCUCAACACCAGAGAUUGUACAAGAAAAUGGAACCAUCAGAAUCCAAGACAAGUUCCAGCCCAUCCUCCCACCUUUACCAGCACCUGUCGAUCAAACCCCAACAGCCAAUCAGAUCCAGGUUAUAGACCUGACAGGUGAUGAUGAUGAUGACGAUGAUGAUGAUGAUGAAGUUAUCCAGGUGAAGUCUGAGCCCUUGUCCAAUGACGCUGCUGCUUUCCUGACCGAAGUACCCGACCCAGAGCCAGUAUCCAAUGAAAUCACACCUCAAGAAGUGACAGCCAAUGAAAUGCCAGCUCUGGAAGAAGGCAGUGGAUUGGUAGCUGAAAGAGCCAAUGAAAUAAGUGAUGAUGAAGAUGACCUCCCAAUUGGUGCAGCAGCAAGCGACGCUCGCUUUCACGAAACAUCAGAGGGCACAGUGGAGAAUACAGAAGUGAAACGUCCACCCGAGGAUGUUGCUACUGAUGCGACAGAGCAGAACUCCACAAAUGCUGACAACGAGCUCAACAACAACACCAAUGCCAGACGUGCUUCGGACCGAGCCGGUGCACAUGCCACGUUCCAUGCCGACGGACCCGUAGUGGACGUCUUUCCCACGCCUCGCGGGUUGUCUGCAGCUGAGUUUGGAGGUGCAGUUGUGAACGGGGCCAUCAACGUGGCCUCCAACAUCGUUACAGCCUUGUUUGGUACCAACGGUCGACAGAACCAGCCAUACAUCCCCCCUCAGCACCCCAUCCCCCCUGAGCGUGACUACACCCCCCCAACGCCCACCUGGCCACCCCCUCCCACCAGCGUAUCCCCCAUGGACCAACUCUUCGAGAUGGGUUUCGGAAAUCGCCAGCUGAACCAACAGCUGCUCGACAAACAUGGCAACGACCUAAACCGGGUGGUACCGGAACUGUUGGCCAUGAUGGACAACAACUGGCACGAACAGAGGCACUAGGGAGCAUCUCAUCAUGUGGGUGAAACGUCAUCGGUACUGUAUAGGGAGCAUCUCUGAACUUCAAACUGGCAUCAGCUUGUCGCGAAACAAUAUCUUAUUACUACGUUGACGAUGUUCAAUUUGUGUGGAUAGACUACUCUCCAAGCAGAGGUUAGGCUCCAACUUGCUUUGGGUGUUUUAUUGGGAUUCAUCAACAGUUGCUUUGUAAGCGAGAUCAAAAGAAAGGCUGACAGAAUUGAAAGCCCUGUUAGGUGCAUACAUGUAAUAGAAAGCCUGAUAAAAAUGCCUGAAAAAACGUCCAAAGGAAUCUGGACUCUAACCUCUGCUUGGAGAGUAUAUGGGUAUAUAGAGCCAGUUCAUACCAAUAUAAUUGCACUUUAGUCUAGAGAUCAUCACAACAACAUUUACGGUAUAUUCUCAAAUAUUUGCUCUGCUCAUUUUCAAAUUUUAUUGUACUGGUGUUUUGUGGUCAAUAUAAUGACUUGCACUAAAUCGUGAUCAUCCAAAAAUUACCCAACAAGCUACUUGUUUAAUAGAGGUAUGCAUUUAUUUGGGAAAGUACAGUAAAUUCAGUCUUAAUGUAUACAUUGUCAAAAUCAUGAUGACAUCACCAUAAAGCAGUGGUAGGCAAAAAGCAGAUGAUAUGCGAACAAUUUACAUGUUAAUCAGUAAUCUGAUUUGCUAAUUUGAAUAUUGAUAGUAGUCUGCUAACGGUCGUUUGCAUACCAGUCAUGGAAUACCGUAGAUGAAAACAACAGCAAUUGCUCGUACAUGUUUGGUUGUUAAGGUUUCUGUCACAAUAGUGCGUUUAUUGGUUCAUUUGAAGAAGGGAUGUGCUUUUUGAAGAUCAUGUUAGUUCUUGUAUCAGAACGUAUGUACAUUGUAAAACAGACAGAUAGAGGCUUAAGUGCAUUCUGUAUAGCUAUAAAAAUAUAGAUAUUAUAAGAAAAAUACAUUUUACUGAUCACCUGAACCUAUGAUAAUGUAAUUUCAGUGAUAUCCAUCUAAUAAGUAACUUAGGAAUGACCAAAACAUGACUGGAUUAUGAUUAUUAAUAAUGGUUAACUCCUUACGCUUAUGUAGAUUCUUAUUAUACAGUGACAUACUGUAUUGCUUAAGACUAUUCUUUGUAUUUUCAACCAUGUCUUAAGGUUUCUUAACAAGUUAAAAUCAGUGUGGAAUGGUGGAAAGAUUGCUUAAUAAGUUUGGCUUUUUCUUGAUGAUAUCAAGACCUGUUAUCAUUGAAAUAUACAAAUUAUAAAGAAUCUCCCCAUAUCCAGUGAUAUGGAUAUGAUUACACGUAUAAUCAAAGUAUAUGUAUUGUUGCGAGUUUUGAGUACUAUAUUUUUAACACUGGGCUCAAGGAAAAAAAAGUUGCUUACAAUGUAGAGGUUUUCAUUGUAUGGUUUCUUUGGGUACAAAGAAUUUAUCUUACGCAUGGGACAUGUAUUGUACCACGCCUGCCUUAAUUAGGCAAAACAUCCAUGAUAUAACUCAAGCUCUUACAUUGUAGAAGUGUUUCAUAUGCUUUGGUUUUUAAGGUUGAAAAGUUAUGUUUCUACAAGUCAAGUACAGACAUAGGCUACACUGUGAUACAAGAACAGAAAAGAGUUUAGAAUAUUUGAUUCCUGCAUAGAUCAUGUAACCACCACCUUGUACAUUAUGAUUACACAAAGAAAAAGGCCAACAUUU